AUGCCUCCGCGCGGUACCCGAAAAGCAGCCUCAACCGCAGUGGCGACUGAGCCGCCACGCUCCCCCGAACUGGGAGGCAACAAGCGCAAGCCAGACGACCCUCAGGAACAGAGCUCCCCGCUACGAAGAUCGAAGCGCGUUAAAUCCGUCGAAGGUCUCGGAACGCAGUCGCCAUCUGGCAAAACCACUGCGCGCACAGCACCGACCGAAUCUGCUGAGAGCCCCAAGGCGACACCGAGGAAAUCUCGUGGUCGGGUCGUUUCGGUGAAGAAGGAGGUUGAGGAGGAAGAGACAGUCACAGUCGAAGCAGACAUUGACGACGAAGACGAGGUCAAGGACGAAGAAGCGGAUGAGAAGCCGAAGGUGAAGGCCAAGGUUACGAGGAAGAGAAAGACAAAGGAAGAAGUCGAGAUGGUACCGUUGAGGGCGCGCACGCAGGGUCUGCGCAUGUGCGUAGGCGCUCAUGUCAGCGCUGCCAAAGGCGUCUUUAACGCGGUUCACAACAGCAUGCACAUCGGCGGCAACGCCUUUGCCCUAUUCCUCAAGUCCCAGCGGAAAUGGGACAAUCCAGCCCUUCAAGAUGACCACCGCGACCAAUUCCGCAACCUCUGCAUCGAGCACAAAUACGACGGCGCAAAACACAUCCUCCCCCACGGCUCCUACCUCGUGAACCUAGCCCAAGAAGACAAGACCAAAGCCAAGCAAGCAUACGACUCAUUCCUCGACGACCUCCGCCGCUGCGAAGCCCUCGGCAUCACCCUCUACAACUUCCACCCCGGCAGCGCCAACCAAACCCCGCACGCCUCAGCCAUAACCCGACUCGCAAAGGCCCUAACCUCCGCCCUCUCCGCCACCAGCACCGUGACCCCGGUCCUCGAAACCAUGUGCGGCCACGGCAGCACAAUAGGCGGCUACCUACACGAGUUCCGCGACAUCCUAUCCCAAAUCCCGCAAGAAUACCACCACCGAAUCGGCAUCUGCAUCGACACCUGCCACAGCUUCGCAGCAGGAUACGACCUCACCUCCCCAUCAGGCUUCGCCUCCUUCAUGCAAGAAUUCUCCGACGUAAUCGGCCUCCAAUACCUCCGCGCCCUGCACCUAAACGACUCCAAAGCCCCGCGGGGAAGUAAACGCGACUUACACGCCAACAUCGGCACGGGAUUCCUGGGUCUCCGCGCAUUCCACAACGUCAUGAACGAGCCGCGGCUCGAGGGAUUACCCAUGAUCUUGGAGACGCCGAUUGAUCGACCCGAGGGAGAAGAUAUCAAGGAGGAAGGGGACGGGUCUUCCAAGGGUAAGAAGAAGAAGCCGGCUGGAGCUGCUGCAAAGCUAGUACCGGAUUUUAACGUCUGGGCGGGGGAAAUUGCGCUGCUGGAGUCGUUGAUUGGGAUGGAUCCGGAGGGCGAGGAGUUCCGGGCGUUGGAGGCGAAGUUGUCUGAGGAGGGGAGGGAGAUGCGCGAGAAGCAGAUGGAGCAGUAUGAGCGGAAGAUGGAGGCGGAGGCGAAGAAGGCGGCGAAGAAGGAGAAGGGGCAGAAGACGUUGAUGGAGAUGAUGAAUGGGGGUGGGAAGGCGAAGGGGAAUACGAAGACGAAGACGAAAACUACGAGGGGGAAGAAGGGGAAGGAUGAGAGUGAUGAGGAGGGGUGUCAGAGUUGUUCGGAGAAAUAG